UGCGCGCGCGCGUGCUCGGCUCCGCCCUCCCCUCCUUCUUAUAGCGGAGCUGCGGGGCCGCGCGGACGCCUGGACGGUUGGACGAGGUGACAUGGCGGCCGCGCUCCUGCUGGCGCUGGGCUUCGCGCUGCUGGGAGGCCACGGCGCCUGCGCGGCGGCGGGCAUCAUUACAACCAGUGUGAGGGAGGAUGGCGACAAGACUUACCUCACCUGCUCCCUGAAUGGCAGCCAUGGCAGCCACUUUGAUGUCACUGGCCACCGCUGGCUGAAAGGGGACAAGCUACUAAAGGAGGAUGAGCUGCCAGGCCAGGAGACGGAGUACAUGGUGGACACAGUUGACCGCUCAGGUGCCUAUUCCUGCGUCUUCCUCCCGGAGCCCAUGGGCAGAGCUGAUAUCUCAGUGAAUGGGCCCCCAAAGAUCAAGCCUGUGAAGAAGUCAGAGCAUGCCAAUGAGGGAGAGACUGCCAUACUGGUCUGCAAGUCAGAGUCCCACCCUCCCAUCACCCACUGGGUCUGGUUCAAGUUGUCUGACUCUGAGAACCAGCCAAUCGCCAAUGGCUCACAGAGCAAGUUCAUGGUGAGCUCUACUGAAGAGAAGUCUGAGCUGAGCAUCAACAACCUGGACAUGAACACCGAUCCUGGCACCUAUGUCUGCAACGCCACCAACUCUGAGGGCAGUGCCCAGGCUGAGAUCACCCUGCGUGUGCGCAGCCGCCUGGCUGCCCUCUGGCCCUUCCUGGGCAUCGUGGCUGAAGUCCUGGUUCUGAUCACCAUCAUUUUUAUCUAUGAGAAGAGGCGGAAGCCAGACCAGGCCAUGGAUGAGGAUGAUCCUGGCUCCGCCCCACUGAAGAGCAGUGGGCAUCACUUGAAUGACAAGGACAAGAAUGUGCGCCAGAGAAAUGCCACCUGAGCAGCACGCAGCAGCAGGGCAUCUGCCUCCAUGCCUGCAUCCCACCUGACCGGCCCAGCCCAUCCCUCCCCAUCCCCACCUCCUGUCACCUUCUGUCCUGAGUGCUGAGUGUGUGAUAAGUGUGUGAAGACCCAGAGUUGCACCCUGAAGAAAGCCUGCCCAGCGGCCACAAGCUACCCACAGCCCCUGUGUUUCUAGUUUAAACUAAAUGAGUGUUUCUACAUAGAGAAUCUAUCUUCCCUUUAGGGGUUUUCUGUGUUUGUUGUUUUGUGUUUUAAGUUUUCACCAGAGUCCUGUGGAGUGGGGCCUUGGGGAUGGUCCUGCCCUGGGGUCUCCCUGGCUGUGAAGGAGGCCCCACCCACCUGCAUCUGUGUGGAACUGUCCCCCCUGCUGCGGGAUAUGUGGCUGGGUGAUGGGACCCCACCUCCCACAAUAAAGGUUCACCUGCCA